CUCCUUCGCGAGCAAGUUUGGGAAAAGUGACCAAACAUUUUCCGGUCCCACGAAAUGGAGAAAAGUUGAGCCUAGUGUUGGAUCGGCUACGCUAUUUUAUUUUCCCUGAUUUUAGCCAACCCCCUCGACACUGCCAGCCACGAUCUCCACGAAAAUCUCACGGGAACCAGUUACUGGCGUGGCGGAAACCCAUUGCCUCAUAGCUAAAGACAAACAAAUAGAGUGUUAAAACGCGUCACCCGAAUCGACUGCAUGCAUGCUGCGAUGGAGGGAAUCAUGGCCUUUCCGUCUUUAUUCGCUUAUGUUUUUGAUACUUUUUCUUCGUCUAUUCUGUCGCUCUCAGUACGGCAAUUGACUUAGAGAGUUGACGACCAAAGAUGUAAAUGGAUUCUGUCCUUUUCUUUUCUCGUUCAAGGGAGUGGGAAUGGAGUUAUGCUUCUGAUCUCAUCUACUUCUUCUCUCUGUGACUUGUAUGUUUUAAAGUGGUAAGAGCAUCGAGUGAAUUGAGUCCAUGGGUAAGACAAUUCAGGUUUCUGGAUUCCUCUCAAGCGUGUCUGCUGAAGAAGUAAAGACAUUUUUGGAGUCAUAUACCGGAAAAGAAACUGUUUUUGCCCUUAAAAUUAGGCAGCAUAAAAAGGGAGGAAGAGCAUAUGCUAUUGUGCAAUUUACCAAAAGCAUAGAUGCUGAGUGUAUCAUAAAGUUGGCUAAUCAAAAAAGACUUUACUACAGGAGUUCAUAUCUCAAGGCUCAAGAAAUGGAGAAUGAUAUUGUGCCAAAGCCAAGAACCUUUUUGCAUACCAUGGAACAUGUGAGAGUGCAUUUUGGCUGUCAGGUCUCAAAAGAUAGAUUUUAUGUUCUCUGGAGAACAGAUAAUGUUACUGUGAAUUUUGGGACUGGAAUGCGGAAAUUGCAAUUUUUACUGUCACAUUGUCAGUUAGAAUACAAGCUGGAGCUUGGCUAUGAGAACAUCUGGCAGAUUGAGUUGCGUCGUCCUCACAAUCAAACUUCAAAGUAUCUUCUGAUUCAGUUAUUUGGAGCUCCACGGAUAUAUGAGAAAGAAGUGCGAUCUUCUGGACUUGUAUUUGAGGAUCCUUUGUUUAACUACUUUAUGAAUAUACCUGAUGAUCAAUGGGUAAGGACGACUGAUUUCACUCAAUCAUGCUGUAUCGGGCAGUCUUCUGUAUUGUGUUUGGAGCUUCCGCACUACCUCAAACUUCCAAAUUUUCGGGAGAACUUUGCUUACUACAAAGAAAAUGAAGGCAAAUUGGUUUUGGAAAGCGGUUCUUCUUAUUCCUGUAAUCUUAGUCUAGUCCCAAUUGUAGGCCCUUCACUGGGAGUUAACUUGCCCUUUGAAAUCUUGUUUAAGGUUAAUUUGUUGGUACAAAAUGGGUACAUCCCAGGACCAGUACUUGAUGCUAGGUUUUAUCGAUUGGUGGAUCCACGUAGAAUAAAAAAAGUCUAUAUAGACCAUGCAUUAGAGAAACUUUAUUAUCAAAAAGAAUGCUCCUAUGAACCUUCAAGGUGGCUCCUUGAGCAGUACAAAAAUUACAUCACAUCUAAGAGACACCGAGGAUCACCUGCUAUAUCCUUAGAUGAUGGUUUGGUAUAUGUAAGAAGGGUUCAGACAACACCUUCUAGGGUGUAUUUUUGUGGUCCUGAGAUUAAUGUGUCAAAUCGUGUGCUACGCCAUUUCCGUGAUGAUAUUGACAAUUUUCUUCGCAUCACUUUUGUUGAUGAAGAGUUGGAAAAGAUCCAUUCAACAGAUUUGCUGGCGAGGGGUAGGAGAACUGAAAUUUAUGAAAGGAUUCUUUCUACUCUUAAAAAUGGCAUAGUCAUUGGUGAUAAGAGAUUUGAAUUUCUUGCUUUUUCAUCAAGUCAAUUACGGGAAAAUUCAGCCUGGAUGUUUGCUUCAAGAAAUGGGCUCACCGCAGCAUAUAUAAGGACAUGGAUGGGAAAUUUUAGUAAAAUAAGAAAUGUGGCAAAAUAUGCUGCUAGACUGGGCCAAUCUUUCAGUUCAUCAACCGAAACUCUUAGUGUUGCUCAAGAUGAAAUCGACAUUAUUCCAGAUGUAGAAAUUAUAAGGGGUGGAAUUAAAUAUGUCUUUUCUGAUGGAAUUGGAAAAAUAUCGGCUAAAUUUGCUGAGAAGGUGGCUGCUAAAUGUCGCUUGAAUGGUCACACUCCAUCUGCCUUUCAGAUUCGCAUUGGUGGAUUCAAAGGUGUUGUGGCUGUUGAUCCCACCUCAUCGAGGAAAUUAUCCCUCAGAAGGAGUAUGUCAAAGUAUGAAUCAGAGAACACAAAACUGGAUGUUUUGGCUUGGAGCAAGUAUCAGCCUUGUUUUCUGAAUCGGCAAUUAAUCACUCUUUUAUCUACUCUUGGAGUUCCAGACCAUGCUUUUGAGAAAAAACAAAGAGAAGCAGUAGCUCAACUCAAUGCUAUCCUAACAGAUCCUCUAAAGGCACAGGAGGCUCUGGAGUUAAUGUCUCCUGGAGAAAAUACUAACAUUCUCAAGGAAAUGCUCUUAUGUGGUUAUAAACCUGAUGCUGAACCAUUCCUUUCCAUGAUGUUGCAAACAUAUCGAGCGUCAAAGUUACUGGAGCUGCGGACUAAAACCAGGAUAUUUGUUCCAAAUGGAAGGUCUAUGAUGGGAUGUCUAGAUGAAACCAGAACAUUGGAUUAUGGCCAAGUGUUUGUGCAGUUUUCAGGGUCUAGAUCUGAGCAGCGUUUUAUUGUUAGGGGUAAGGUAGUUGUUGCCAAAAACCCCUGCUUGCACCCAGGCGAUGUGCGUGUCUUAAGGGCUGUCAACAUGCCUGAUUUGUACCAUAUGGUAGAUUGUGUUGUUUUUCCACAGAAAGGAAUCAGACCUCAUCCAAAUGAGUGUUCUGGAAGUGAUCUGGAUGGUGAUAUCUACUUUGUCUCUUGGGAUCCUGAAUUGAUUCCAUCAAGGCAAAUCAAACCCAUGGAUUAUUCACCAGCUCCAACUACCACAUUGGAUCAUGAAGUUACCAUUGAGGAAGUUGAAGAGUAUUUCACAAAUUACAUAGUCAAUGACAGUUUAGGAAUCAUUGCAAAUGCUCAUACUGUCUUUGCUGAUAGACAACCUAACAAAGCAAUGAGCAGCCAGUGUAUGGAGCUCGCAAAGCUGUUUUCGGUUGCAGUUGACUUUCCAAAAACUGGUGUACCAGCAGAAAUACCACAAGAACUGAGAGUCAAAGAAUAUCCAGAUUUCAUGGAGAAGCCAGACAAACCAACCUAUCAAUCGUACAAUAUUAUUGGAAAGCUUUUCCGAGAGGUGAAAGACCUUGCUCCCAAUGAAUGCUCUAUCAAGUCCUUAACUAGGGAAAAAUUGGAGAGGGUUUAUGAUUCUGACAUGGAAGUUGAUGGCUAUGAGAAUUAUAUUGAUGAUGCUUUCUACUGUAAAAGUAACUAUGAUUACAAAUUGGGGAAUUUGAUGGACUAUUAUGGGAUCAAAACUGAGGCUGAAAUACUCAGCGGGGGUAUCAUGAAGAUGUCAAGAUCUUUCACAAAGCAAAGAGAUGCGGAAGCAAUUGGUAUGGCUGUUAGAUCCUUGAGAAAGGAAGCUAAGUCAUGGUUUAAUGAAAAGGGAAGUGGGUUAGAUUCCGAAACAGAUGAUGCAUACGCAAAGGCCUCUGCCUGGUACCACGUCACAUAUCAUCCAAGUUAUUGGGGUCAGUAUAAUGAGGGAAUGAAUAGGAAUCACUUUCUGAGCUUUCCUUGGUGUGUUUAUGACAAGCUGAUCCACAUCAAGAGAGAGAAGGCGAGUAUUAGAAGAGCAUUGCAUUUGUCAUCUCUAGAAUAUCAGUUUGAACGUGGAUUGCAUUUGCGUUGAGGUGAUUUACUGUAUGUUACCCUUUGUCUGAAGCACAAAAAGAUGGUAGCUCACAUUUCCCUAAUAACUUAAUUUUAUGUGUAUAUAUGUUCAUACUAGUUAUAUUUAUGUUGGUAUUGGUAGCUACUGUAUGCUGUCUAAUGUAAAUACCUAGUUCUUGAAGACUGGGAAAGAACAUUGUGUGAUAUGCUACUAAUUAUAUAUGCGGGUUUAAUUUUUAAGAUUGUACAGCAAAUUCAGGCCCCCAUAAUUUUUUGGAGCUGUUUAAUGCCGUGCACCGACUCAUAGAAAGAGCCAUGGUGCAUGAUAUUUUAGGAUUGUGAUGCUAAACCUAAAGAUUUCUGAUGAGUUCCUCUUGGAUUUUCUGUAUAAGCUUUCAUUGCGGAAGCAAGGUUGCUGAUGUUUGGGCUGACGUGAAGGCAAAUGGCCGUUCACUUUUCCUGGAAUAUAUUUUUUUUCUGCAUGUUGGUUGUUCACUUUUUCUUAGAGUAUAAAUAUGAGAUAUAGUGGCUAACAGUAGACAAGUUAUUCUUUGCUGCCUUUAGGAAUUUACAUUUCUCACAAUUGAACUUGAUUAAAAAUGAGAACCUGUGUGCUUUUGGAUAUCUGAUCGUUGCAUAGUAAAAACAUUUUCUAUCUUCUUUCGGAGGAAUAGGUGGGUUAAUCAUCAUCAGCUCUAUGUCACUGAAUUCCCUUUUUUUUUUCCCGUUUA